AUGAUCGACAGCGGGGUAGUAGCGGCUUCGGGCUCCGUGGGAAAGCGCGCGCCCGUCAGAAAGACUCCGCUGAGCCGCUCAGCCGACGUCAUGGCGAUGCGGGCGCCGUCGCCAAUGCGUGCCUGGCGGGCAAAGCGUGACAGCAAGCGAAGAGCUGUCCAGUCUGCCUACACCAUCCUCGGCUUCAUCUCCUCAGGAACGUACGGCAAAGUCUACAAGGCGCGAAAGAGUGCCGAGCCCAGUCAGGGCCAGAUUGUUGCCAUCAAGAAAUUCAAGCCUGACAAAGAAGGCGAAGCGAUCACCUACACGGGCAUCUCCCAGUCUGCAUGCAGAGAGAUCAUGCUCAACAGAGAACUGCAUCAUGUCAAUCUCGCAGCUCUGCACGAGGUCAUGCUGGAAGACAAAUCGAUCUACAUGAUCUUUGAGUUCGCAGAGCAUGACUUUCUCCAAAUCAUCCAUUACCACUCUUCGACUCGCUCGGCGCUAGGCCUGGCAACCCUCAAGAUGCUCUUGUGGCAGCUUCUCAAUGGCGUUUGCUACUUGCACGACAAUUGGGUCAUCCACCGUGAUCUCAAGCCUGCCAACAUCCUUGUCACGCACAAAGGUGAAGUCAAGAUAGGUGAUCUUGGCUUGGCAAGACUAUACAGUGCACCGCUUCAGCCGUUGUACACAUCAGACAAGGUCGUGGUGACCAUCUGGUAUCGUUCGCCCGACUUGCUCUUGGGCGCCCGUCAUUAUACGCCCUCGAUCGAUCUCUGGUCAGUCGGCUGCAUCUUUGGCGAGCUCAUUGCUCUCCGCCCCAUGUUCAAGGGAGAGGAAGCCAAAGUGGAGGGUACAGCGACGACGGGUACGGCGGCUUCGAAGAAGCCACCCGGCGGUGUGCCUUUCCAGCGCGAUCAGCUGGUCAAGAUUUUUGAGAUACUCGGCACGCCUUCGGAGAGACAAUGGCCUGCAAUCAAGCAAAUGCCAGAUGCUCCUCACUUGGCAAAGCUGCAAGAGUACCGCAACGAUCUGCCGCGGUGGUACAACUCUCGUGCACCCAGACCUUGCACACAAGCUGGUCUCGACCUCAUUGCUGCUCUGCUCGCUUUCGAUCCAGCAUCUCGCUUGACUGCCCGGAAAGCGCUCAAUCACCGCUGGUGGACAGAAGAUCCGCCGGCAAAGUUGAGCAAUUUCCCUCCGAGCACAUACCCUCAACGCAAAGUGCUCAAAGAUGACGACCCAACGACCGCUCGGCCAACCAAGCGAAGCAAAGUAGAUCACUAG